ACCCAGAAUAAUUUCUCCUCACGACAGUUGAACUUUAUCUCCAAAAGCACAGCGCGUUGAACGCAAAAUCUUAAAUAGGUCAAAAAUAGCAUAGAAAUUUGCUCUCCCUCGACAAACUCAUCAAACCCUAGCCCCAGACGAGCUCGGUCCUACUUCUUCUUACUCGUCCGCCGGUUGCUUUACUCACCGGAAAAUAAGAAAUCCAAAUGCUUCCGAGCAGUACACGCCGUCUAUUUCCGUUCCGAAGGCCGUCUCCAAAUCACCUUAGUACCAUACUUUGCAGCUUACAUCAUGCAAGUGCCCUCAUUCGGCUCUUCUCCGUCUCAGCUGAGUGCUUCACUAUGCUUCAAAUGUUGUGGACAUGAGCAGCUUGAUGUUUCAGUGCAUCAGUGCAGUUGAAACUCGGAACUGACCAGCUUGGGCACCUGUUUCUAUCGCAAACCGUCUUCUUUUUGGUUUUCCACCUUCAAACUUGAUGGGUCUUUCUGUUUCGCUAAGUUACAGGACCGUGAGAAACAAUGACUGGAGGACACGGUUUAAAUCUACAAUUAAAUGCAAAAUCUACUCAGACCUAUUAAUUUUUGCCUAAAGCUUUUUAUUUUAGAAGUGUCCAAGCUGGUGUCGUACUUUACAGCUUACAUCAUGCAAAUGCCCGCAUUUGGCUCUUCUCCAUCUCAGCUGAGUGAUUUGUUACGCUUCAAAUGCUGCGGACAUUAGCAGCUUGAUGUUUCAGUGCAUCAGUGCAGUUAAGAUUCGGAACUUACCAGCUUGGCAACUAACUUUAUUUUGGUUUUCCGCCCUCAAACUUGAGGGAUCUCCCUGUCUGGCUAAGUUACAGAAACGUGAGGAACAAAGAGUGGAGAGCACAGUUUAAAUUUCCAACUACAUGCAAAAUCUAGUCAGACCCAUUGAUUUUCUCCUAAAGCUUUUUAUUUUAGAGGACGGACUAGUUUGUGCUAAAAGAAGCAAGUAUGACAAAGUCUUCAUCAAGAAAUGGGUGUCUUACUCAAAGGAGACAAUGCCCAUGCGGUGUUGAACCAUGUUUUGUUAGGGUUGAAGUAGAUGAAGAUGAUUUGUCAUCAGAUCCUUUAGUAGAGGCCAGCAUACCUGAAGGACCAUCUCAAUUCUCUUCGGAAAUAAUGUCAGUUGAUAGCCCGCCUCAUGUAGGCCGGUCCUUCCGAACUGAUGAUGAGGCUCAGGAUUACUACAAGAAUUUUGCUAGAAAGAAUGGUUUUGCUAUUCGCCGGGAGAGGUCAAAGGGAAAUCCAGCUCAUCCUUUAGGAGUUUACAAGCGUGAGCUUGUCUGCCAUCGUGCUGGCCAAUCAUUACCAAGGAAGACAGCCGAGCUCAAACGGCAAAGAAAUAAAAAAUCGUCACGUUGUAAGUGUGAGGCCCAGAUGAUUAUAAAGAAGAAUGUCUCGAAAGGUAUAUCUCGAUGGGUGGUUAUCCAUUUUAGCAAUGUGCAUAAUCAUGAACUCUUGGAUAGCGAGGAAGUACGCCAUCUUCCUGCUUAUCGGAAUAUAUCUUCAGUUGAUCGUGAGAAUAUAUUAUCCCUUGCAAAGCGGGGUUUUACUGUGAAUCAUAUAAUGAGGGCACUCGAGACAGAGAAAAGAGUAAAGCCUGGUCAGUUAACUUUUACAGAGAGGGAUCUUCGCAAUUUUCUUCAGGCUUCUAAGAACAUUAAUAAAGAAAAUGAGGGAGCUGAACUUCUUAAGGCCUGCAAGGCUUUGAAGGACAAGCAUCUAGAUUUUCGGUUUGAGUUCACAUUGGAUGAAAGUGACCGUGUUGAGCACAUUGCUUGGUCAUAUCCAGAUUCAAUUCAAGCUUACAGGUUGUUUGGAGAUAUUGUGGUAUUUGACACUAGUUAUAAUUUGUAUGCAUAUGAUCGACUGCUUGGAGUUUGGUUUGGAUUAGACAACUAUGGAAAUGCCAUAUUUUUUGGCUGUGUUCUGCUGCAAGAUGCUAAACCCCAUUCACAUAGAUGGGCUUUGCAGUCAUUUGUUAGAUUGAUGGAUGGGAAGUUCCCACGAACGGUGCUGACAGAUCUGGACAUGGGGAUAAAAGAUGCUAUGAUGAGUGAGCUACCAAGUGCAAAGCAUGUGUUUGCAAUAUGGCAUCUUACAUCGAAAUUAUCAAGCUGGUUUUCUGCGUUGCUUGGUUCCCAGUUUGAGAAGUUCGUGUCAGAGUUUCUAAGAGUGUGCAAUUUGGAUAGCAUUGUGGAAUUUGAGCUUCAGUGGAAUCAGAUGGUUUUAGAUUUUGGACUCGACUCUGAUAGACAUAUAGCUAUACUCUCGUUUCAUAGGGAGUAUUGGGCUUUGCCAUAUUUGCGUGGUUGUUUCUUAGGAGGAUUAAUGAGAAGUGGUCUUCCUUCUUCAAUCAAAUCAUUCUUCAAAGGACCCCUGAACUCUCAAACGCGUCUCAAGGAUUUCUUCGAGCAGGUUGGGAUUGCCAUUGAUUUCCUAAACCAAGCUGGAGAAGAAGCUACACUGCGUCAGAACUACCAAAAUAUCAAGAGUAAAACUUGCAUGCCAAUCGAGGAACAAGCAUUGCACAUUCUCACACCUUACGCCUUUGACAUGUUUCAGAGAGAAGUUAUAGAAUCAAUGCAAUAUGCAGUUUAUGAAACAGCAAGAGAGAAUUAUCUUGUUCGCCAUCGAUUGAUGGUCGAUGGAGGACACAUCGUAAGGUGCAUCCAACCCGAAGAUGAAAUUCAGUGCAGCUGCCAAGAAUUCGAGUCAUCAGGAAUUCUUUGUAGACACACACUUCGUGUGUUCUCAUUGAAGAAUUAUUUCAUGCUUCCUAACAGGUAUCUUUUGAUUCGAUGGCGUCGAGAAAGUUCUUUGUUUCCUAGAAGCUCGGGCUACAAGUUCCGCUCGCAAGCAUUGCGUUCUCUUGCGUCAAUCAUAAUUCAAGAAUCAUCUAUAACUAAGGAUCGGUUUGAUUAUGUGCAGUGGCACAUGAGCAAGCUUCUUACUCAUGUGCGAGACAUGCCCACAGUUGAUGAAACAAGCUUAGAUAUGGAGCCAAGCUCAGUAUAUGAUGCGGCAGCCAACUUUGUACCAAAACGGACAACAGCCAGGGGUACGCCUAAGAAGUUGAAAGAUGUUGCCCAAGCCGAAGUUGAAGUGAACUUCGAUAUGGCGGAAUCAUAGGCAUUGCUCAACAAAUGCUGCAUGUCUUGCAUACCACAAAAUUCCUUAUGCAUUUACCUAAUACUUAUAUUUUAUAUUUAUUUAUAUAUUAUUUUAUAUCUAAAUCACAUUGAAAUAUGUGUAUUAAAAAUAUUUUUUUAUUUAAAAUAAAAAUUCAUAAUAUUUUUGUUGUGAUUUAGAGAUUUGAGUGUUGUAUGAGUAAAUAUAAAAAUUUUGAUGUAUAAAUAGCUAAGAAUUUUUUAGUA